AUGACGUCGCCUUACCCAACAUCAACUUCAUUCUCGCCCUCCGUUGCCUCCGACAUGGCCGCAGCGCCCAACAGAGCUGUCUCCGAUUUGCCGCAGGCUCAGGUAGACGCGAUCAUCCGCACGAAGCGCAAGGCUCGCGAGCCCAAAGCCUGCUAUCCAUGCCAUGCGCGCAAGGUUAAAUGCGAUCGCAAUCUGCCGUGUGACGGGUGCGUUAAGCGCGAUCAUGCAGAUCUUUGCUCCUACGAACGCCCUUCCAAGAAACGAUCGCAAGCCUUCCAUGAGAGCUCUGUCCCUAGUGCGUCAAUGGCACCCGUUCCUGAAUAUUCAACAACAUAUGCGUACGAUGAAACACCGGCGGAAGUGAAACAUGAGCCAAUCUUGAGCCGGCCGAGCGCGCCUGCUACAAGUAGUGGCCGUGUUUCAAUCGCCCGCGAAGAAUGGGAUAAUGUGCGCAAUAGAUUGCAGGAAAUGGAGUCUACUAUUUCCUCCCUUCGCGUUGGGUUGGAGAGGGCGGAAGACGGCCUCCCAACCUCCAUGGACACCGGAAGCGUGCAGAGUGCUGAUGCGAGUUCCCGGUCCAAGUGUGCCUCGCCGGAACGCGAGGGCAUCCAUGCUGCAAAUACUUUAGGCAAAGGCACUGUCCAUUUGGGAUCGCGCUCUGUUCUGGCUUAUAUUCUCAACAAUCAGUCCGGGUCUGAUCAGCUUCAAGCACUUUUGGAAGGAGGAAUACUGCCCAAGCUCGGUUUGGACAAUGAGUCUGCGACCUAUCCAUUUGUUGAUCUAUGGUCGUCCGAUAUGUCAACAUUCGAUAUCACUGCCGUCUGCAGCGCCCUUCCCCCUGAUCAACAAUGCAGAGAGUUAUUCUACUACUAUAAGGACAUUUCGGGAGCCAUCUAUCCUGUUUUAGAGGACAUCUUUGAGUUUGAGAACACUCUCGAGCUUCUACUGGCGACAAGAACCUCUAUCGGUGGCGAGUACAUGGCCGAUGCAGACCAUGCACAAAAGCCUUUCGGAGUAAGCAUUGCGUACCUUGGACUACUGUUCGCCAUCCUUGCCUCUGGAUGCCAGUCAUCCGAUUAUGGGAGCAAAGAAAGGGAAUUGACCUCGCAAGUUUAUGUGUGCUGCUCCUACCAGUGCCUCCGCAUGACAAAUUUCCUCUCCCAGCCCACCAUUGAGGCAAUUCAAACUCUCCUGGUGAUUGGAAACGUUUUGUCAUACAAUAUGAAUCCUGGAAUUUCUUAUGUUUUGCUUGGCAUGACUCUUCGCAUGGGCUUGGCGCUCGGUCUCCAUGUGGAGUCAAGCCAAUUUCCGUCAGCUGAGCGAUACCGCCGACGACAUGUUUGGUGGUCCAUGGCGUGGCAAGACAGCCAUUUUUCGCUUUCUUACGAUCGGCCUUCCACCACUGCAGUGAGCCAGCCAGAUAUCGCCUAUAGGGAUGGCGCCAAACCUGGUGACCUAUCUUAUUUUGAAACACUCUCGCGUGUCAUUUCUCUUGCACUAGAGGUUGUCCGCAUUCGCAUGCUGAGCCCACACGCGCAGAUAAGUUUGGACAGUAUACAAACCUAUAAGGACCGCAUCCAGAAGAUCAUGGUAGAGGCAAAGCCAUACCUACGAGACCCAAUCAACUGUUCCACACCUACGCAACAUCUGGAGCGAGUUGUGUUGAAAUUGCAUUCUUCUUAUUUCGCCUCUGAGCUCUGCCGGCCAGCGCUCAAACCCAUGACUGAUUUGAAUGACGCUAACGCAGCCAGCAUGCGCGAAAAUUGCGUGAUGAAUCUGAUGACGACUGUUGAAGCUUACAUUGAAAUGCACAACGUCAGCUCCCACGCAGCUCGUUCCUGGAUCUUACUGCAGCGGGCGAUCAGCUCCGCAUUCCUCCUUGCUGUCAUCGAUGAGGCGAAAGCGGACCCGAAUGUGUGGAAUCUUCUCCAUUCACUCGAGGGCAUUAUCGCUCAAAGAGCAAGCACGGAACGUGCCUAUGAUUCCAACGAGGCCCCCACUGUGGCCAGCAUGACCUCGCCGCCCCAACCCCUCGGCACUUACGACCCAAUCACGGGCACCACGAACGUCCCAGGCCCCAUCGCUCCUGCGUUGGACCCAACUUCUCCGGUUGGGAUACCCCCUGAUACACAAACGCAAUGGGCCAAGUCGCUAGCAAAAACACACCGUGCUUUGCAAAAACUCCUCGCUGCAGUUGGGAACCCAUCUACGCGUCCUCCAAUGGGACGCAAUGGUACGCCCGUGUACUCCAGUAAUAAUUCUAACCUCAACCCGGCCUCCGCUUCCAUGGGGACAUUUGUUCCUGGGCAAGCAAACAUGACCCCCAGCGUUGGUUCUCUUCCGCCUCCUACGCCAGAAAGCUCUGGUAGUGGUGAAUGGACAAUGCCCAAUAUACUGGAUCGCGCAGCGGAGUAUAUCCAUCCACCUCUGUGGGGCUAG